AAUAAUUUAGACCAUAUCAGGAGGAUGUCAUUCCCAUUUUCUCUCUAUGCCUCUCACAAGAGGGUGUGUAUGGCAGACCCCAACCCCCCCAUGUUCUAACUUCCCUCUCAUGUUCCCACUAUCCCUUUUAUAAAACCCCAUUUCUUUCCCUCCCCUUUUUCCUUAAGUCCUUCAUCUUCUUCUCUGCCUUUUUCUCUCAUCCCCAAUAUUUCCUAGCUCUUUUUCCCAAGCUCUCACUUGGAUUUUCCUAAUUCACUUUUGGAAAAAAAAAUAAUAAUAAACGAAGCACCCAAAGACAAAAAUGUGUUCAUCUAAACUAAAACUGCAUAAUCAAAGUAGUAAUAUUCCUUCCUCAGUUGCUAAAAUCAAUGGCCGUCCAGUACUUCAGCCAACUUGUAACCAAGUUCCAAGCUUAGAAAGAAGGAAGUCUCUUCCAAAGAGCUUGCCAAAAACUCCCACUUCUCCAACUUCGACUUGUAAAACUAAAACUUCAUUAUUGUCUCCUCCUGUGUCUCCCAAGUUACCGUCACCUAGACCACCAGCUCUGAAGAGAGGAAAAGAUCCUAAUGAGCUGAACUCCAGUGCUGAGAAGGUUUUGUUGACACCACGGAGCACAACAAAGUUGAGGAGUUCAGCGAAGAAGUCGAAGAAAGCUUGCGGUGUUGGAGCUUCCCCUGCUGAUACUUCAUUGAAAUAUGCUUCCUCUUUGAUAGUUGAGGCUCCUGGGAGCAUAGCAGCUGCAAGGAGAGAGCAGGUUGCUAUUAUGCAAGAACAACGAAGGAUGAAAAUUGCUCAUUAUGGAAGAACAAAGUCUGCCAAGUAUGAAGGGAAGGUUGUUCCACUUCUUGAUUCUUCACCUUCAAGUACUAGCAGCAGAGAACAGAAAAGAUGUAGUUUCAUAACACCCAAUUCAGAUCCUAUAUAUGUUGCUUACCAUGAUGAAGAAUGGGGUGUCCCUGUACAUGAUGACAACACAUUAUUUGAAUUGCUGGUGCUAACUGGAGCUCAAGUUGGAUCAGAUUGGACUUCAGUCCUGAAGAAACGGCAAGCUUUCAGGGAAGCAUUUUCAGGGUUUGAUGCAGAGGCUGUUGGUAAAUACAAUGAAAAGAAGAUUACAUCAUUGAGUUUUGAUUAUGGGAUUGAAUUAAGCCUAGUUCGAGGAGCUGUUGACAACUCUAAUCGAAUUCUUGAGAUUAAGAAAGAAUUUGGCUCUUUGGCUAAAUACUUAUGGGGAUUUGUGAACCACAAGCCAAUCACUACCCAAUAUAAGUCAUGCCACAAGAUCCCUGUGAAGACCUCCAAAUCAGAGACCAUAAGCAAAGACAUGGUGAGAAGAGGGUUUAGGUUCGUAGGCCCCACUGUCAUUCACUCAUUCAUGCAAGCAGCUGGAUUUACCAAUGACCACUUAAUCACCUGCCCUCGUCACCUACAAUGCAUUGCCUUGGCAUCAAACGGUUCUAAAGUGGCUGCCCCAGCUUUAUGAUUCUCACCAAUCAUCAUCACAAGCAAAACCAAUCUACAAAAGCAUAUAUAUAUAUAUAUAUAUUUGACAAAAAAAUAUAACCUAGGCUUUAUUAUCUGACCCAAAAAAAAAAAAAAAAAAUGAUUUGUAAUAUGAGGUGUGGAUUGCAAAAAACGUUUUGGUUGGAGGGUAUAUCAGCAAAAUAUUGAGAUAGGAAAUUGUGGGGAAGAGAGAAGACUAGGGGAGACAGGGGGCAUGUGGGAGGUGGGCAGGCAAUGGCAUGUGUAUGGAGCCAAUGGCCUUAAUUACAUGGUGGCCUCCACAUAUCCUCUUUCCCUCCAUUAUUUGAUUCCUUUUUCUUUAAAGAUUGUGAGGAAUAAUCAGUUCAGGCUGUUCAGCAACUGUUUUCCACCAUCUUCUCUUUCGAAACCUGGCCUCAGUCAAUGAAGAUUUCUGUCAAUUUCUGGUUCCUAGAGAUCAUAAUGACUUUUAUGCUCAGAAGAGACACGAUAAUUCCAUCCUUUUGGAGGCCAAGUUUUCCAGACUUCUCCACCGUUUCAUAUUCAAUCUAAAGAACAAGUGCUGUGAAUCAUUAGUGGCUAAAUACCAUUGUAGUCCUGGUUUCUAAUUUCCAACCUUUGUGGAGGAUACAAAGUCAGUGUACCA